AUGGGCAACUGCUGGGGAACCAAGAUUAGCUCCCACAACGUAUCUCCGGCCUGCCCUUCUUCAGCAGCAGGUUCUAAUAAUAAUAAUAAGCAGUGUGCAAGACGAGGAGGAGGACGAAAGGCGGGAGGUCUGACUCUCAGCGCAUCGCAGCAUUCCAGGAGCAGCCGUGUCUCCGCCGCGUUGUCCAUGCCCAAUUCCAAUCCCGCAACCCCUCGCAGCGAGGACGAGAUUCUGCAGUCCGCCAACGUGAGGAGCUUCACCUUCAACGAGCUGAGGACCUCCACCCGGAACUUCCGCCCCGACAGCGUCCUCGGCGAGGGAGGCUUCGGCUCCGUGUUCAAAGGGUGGAUCGACGAGAACACCUUCGCCCCGACCAGGCCCGGCACAGGGAUGGUCAUCGCUGUCAAGAAGCUCAACCAGGAAGGAUUCCAGGGACACAGGGAAUGGCUGGCCGAAGUGAAUUACCUGGGCCAGUUGUCGCACCCCAAUCUCGUAAAGCUUGUUGGUUACUGCCUCGAAGAUGAGCAGCGCCUUCUUGUCUACGAGUUCAUGCCCCGAGGAAGCUUGGAGAACCAUCUUUUCAGGAGGGGCUCACAUUUUCAGCCGCUCUCCUGGAACCUUAGAAUGAAAGUUGCGCUGGGAGCAGCAAAGGGCCUUGCGUUUCUGCACAGCGACAAGGCCAAAGUUAUCUACCGCGAUUUCAAGACAUCUAACGUCCUCCUAGAUUCGAACUACAAUGCUAAGCUGUCUGACUUCGGUUUGGCAAAGGACGGGCCAACCGGCGACAAGAGCCAUGUGUCCACUAGAGUCAUGGGCACAUAUGGAUAUGCUGCUCCUGAAUAUCUUGCAACAGGUCAUCUGACAGCAAAGAGCGACGUGUACAGCUUCGGCGUGGUGCUGCUGGAGCUGCUGUCGGGGCGGCGCGCCCUGGACAAGAACCGGCCGUCCAGCGAGCACAACCUGGUGGACUGGGCGCGCCCCUACCUGAGCAGCAAGCGCCGGCUGUUCCGCAUCCUGGACGCGCGCCUGGGCGGCCAGUACUCGCUGUCGGGCGCCCGCAGGGUGGCGGCCUUGGCGCUGCAGUGCCUCUCGCGGGACUCCAGGAACAGGCCCACCAUGGACCAGGUGGUCGCAUCGCUGCAGCAGCUCACCGAUGCCGUCGAUGAUGGCAGUGGCACGCAGAAGCAGCUCCUCGUCGUCGGCAGCGGUGGCCACCGGUCGUCGCGCAGCCGCAGGUACCCAAACUCACCGCCAGAUGUGUAUCAUCAGGUCGUGGCGCGGAACCUGAAUCUGAACGCGCCCGGCGCCAAGUCUGCUGCUCAUCAUCGCCGCCCAAGCCCAGCGACGACGCGCCGCCGCCUGUCCGCCUCGCCUCUGCCCGAGCUCUGA